UCCGCUCAACCAAACCCUUCCCAGAACUUUCCCAUUCCCCCCUCUUUUAUCACUACCAGUAUUUCUCCAUUUUCAUUCCUUCUCUAUCCCUCUCCCUCUUUCUCAGUCUCCUCACUCUAAAACCAAAUAUGAAUGGAGGAAGAAAUAUGAAUGUGAAUUUCACUUCUGCGACCGAGCUUCCUGUGGUGGAGCAAAAUGAGUCCAACGGAUACGAGCUGGGAGGGAAAAUUAUGCUGAGCGCCAUAGUAAUUUUGUUCGCCGUCGUGGUUUUAAUUGUGCUGCUGCAUCUUUACGCGCGUUGGCAUCUCCUCCGUCAGCGCCGCCGGGAGCUCCGCCGCAGGCGCAGUCGGAACCGCCGCGCGCAGAUUGUGUUCUAUGUUGACGAUUACCAGGCUGGCCCCGCCAGCCGUGGGCUCGAAGCGGCCGUGAUUGGGUCACUGCCGGUUUUCGAGUACUCGUCCAAGGACCGGACCGAGCCGGUGGAAUGCGCCGUGUGCUUGUCGGAGUUCGAGGAUAACGAGAAGGGCCGGCUUUUGCCCAAGUGUAACCACUCUUUUCACACUCAAUGUAUUGAUAUGUGGUUUCAUUCUCACACUACUUGCCCGCUGUGCCGGUCUCCGGUUGAAGCCUUCCACGGGCCGGACAAGAACCCGGAUGAGACGGUCGUUAACGUUAAACUGAAUGAACCGGUGGCCGAAAACCGGGAAGAACCCGGUUCGAGUUCUGGGUUGUGCAGCGAGGUAAAUGGGCCCACGACGUCGUCUUUGGGUUCCCGGAGAAAGGGUGUGGAUUUGACCGGAGUGAGAAUAGAGGUGCCAGCACGGAACGAGUUAGAUCCCGAGUUCUCACUGAGUUCGCCCGCGAGUUGCGGGUUCCGGUCGCCGGGGAGUCGGUUGUUGUCUUUGAAGAGAAUACUGAGUAUGAACAAGAGAACUCCGAGUGGGCCCAGCACUCCGCUGCCUCUGUCCACCGAGUUUGACUUGGAAUGCGGCGGCGGCGGUUGCGUGAGCGAGUUGACUCGUCCAAAGAUUCCGACCCCGAGGUGAUUUUGCCUAAUUCUUGGUGACCUGUCAGUGACAAUUCGAGCUACAAGGGCCGUGGGAUGAGGACUCUCGUAUGACAUGACACGUAUGAAAGGGGGAAACAUAUCCACGCGCCAAGACGUGGAGCACGGCUUCUUUGACUUGUACAUAUGGAGUCUAGCAGACUGGUAGUGUUCAUAAAAUAUCUAUAUUACUCCGUAAAUCACAUUUCUUGUGUGUAUUAAAACUCUUUGUUAAAUUUAUUUAAAUUUAUAAUUCGAAUUCAAUAUUAUUUUAAGUUGAUCUCAA